AUGCAAGAUGUUGAAACAAUCAUUUACUUUGGUCCCUAUCUUCGUGAUCUUCAUGAUGAUCUCAAACGACUACACUCGAAAUCAUUCUCUAAUCCAUAUUUCGAUACAUUUACCGUUUGUCGAGGUCAAGCGAUGCACAAAGCUGAUUUCGAUCGACUUCAAGCCAACAAAGGUAGUCUUCUUUCCUUCAAUUGUUUCUUAUCGACAAGCAUAGAUGAGCUUGUUGGCAAUGCUUAUGCAGAGAGCAAUUCGAUGCGUUCUUCUGAUCAAGAAAGCGUCGCAGUUCUCUUCGCCAUCACCAUCGAUGCUUCUCGAUCGGGAGCUCCAUUUGCAUGGAUCGAUGAUAUUAGUCAGUAUGAAGGAGAAUCAGAAGUUUUAUUUUCAACUCAUACAAUUUUCCGUACGAAAGAUAUUCGACGCAAAGAUGGCAAUGGUUGCGUAUGGCUUAUUCAAUUAGAAUUUACUGAUGACAAUGACGAACAAUUAAAAAAAAUAACAGAAGUUUUUCGCACACAAUUAGAUCAUGGUCUACCAAGUCGAUAUAGAAUCGCUUCACUUUUACAGCAAUUGACGCAUGAGGAUCAGGCCUUGAAACUAUAUCAAGAACUGCUCGAGCUCACAAAUAUCGAAGAGGAAGAAGCGUUUCUCUAUGGUCGAAUGGGAUCCAUCAAAUCCAACCAAGGUCAUUAUUCAAAAGCCAAGCCAUACUUUGAACGAGCCAUUUCAACCUUUGAAAAACUGAAUCCUAAUAGCAGGGAACGUCAGUUUCUCACUUUCAAGCACGCAGCCGAAAUCUACAGUGCAAUUGGUACCCUUUACUGCAGGUCGAAUGACAUUGACAAGGCUCUCUCCUUUUACAUGAAAGCAUUGAUGACCGAUCCGAAUGUCCUUGAGACUUUUUUUCAUAUUGCUCAGGCGCAUACUAAGCUAGGUCAAUAUCACCAAGCCUUAUGGUAUUAUCAAACAGUACUGAAGUGGCUGGAAGAUUAUCCUCAGGAUCAUCCAGAUGUAGCCAUUACUUAUGAUAACAUCGCUAGUAUACACAUGAUGUUAGACAACAAUACAGAAGCACUCAAAUUCUUUAGAAAAGCAUUGGCUUCGCGUGAAAAAAUUCGUCAUCCAUCUCUUGGACAGUCAUAUUCCAAUUUGGGCCGUUAUCACGCUAAAAUGGAAGAGAUUGUCGAAGCAGACAAAUAUUUCGAGAAAGCUUUGGACUUUUAUAAAACAUCGCCUCC